AUGAGCCGGUUCGGGGGCCGCACGCGCGAGUACCCGGCCGUGUCCAUCGACCGCUUCGACCAUGACAACCUGCGCGCGCGCGCCUUCUUCCUGUCGCACUGCCACAAGGAUCACAUGAAGGGGCUGCGGGCGACCGCCCUGAAGAGGAGGCUGGAGGGCAGCUUGAAAGUUAAACUAUACUGCUCACCAGUAACUAAGGAAUUGUUGUUGACUAACUGGAAAUACAAGUUUUGGGAGAAUCAUAUUGUUGCAUUGGAAGUUGAAACUCCAACUCAGAUUUCUUUAGAAGAUGAAACAUCUGGUGAGAAAGAAGAUGUAGUGGUGACACUUCUGCCAGCUGGUCACUGUCCAGGUUCAGUCAUGUUUCUGUUUGAAGGUGAGAAUGGCACUGUGUUGUACACAGGGGAUUUCAGGCUUGCAAAAGGAGAAGCAGCCAGAAUGGAGCUUUUGCAUUCAGGGACCAGGGUAAAAGACAUCCAGAGUGUGUAUUUGGACACUACUUUUUGUGAUCCCAAAUUUUAUCACAUACCAAGCCGGGAGGAAUGUUUAAAUGGGAUCUUGGAGUUAGUGCGAAGCUGGACCUCACUGUCUCGUAAUCAUGUUGUGUGGCUGAAUUGCAAAGCUGCUUAUGGAUAUGAAUAUUUAUUCAUAAACCUCAGUGAGGAACUUGGAAUCAAGGUGCACAUGAACAAACUUGAUAUGUUCAGGAACAUGCCAGAAAUCCUGUGCCAUGUUACCACAGACCAACACACGCAGAUUCACGCCUGUCGACAUCCUCGGGACGAUGACUGCUUCCGAUGGAACAAACUGCCCUGUGGGAUGACUUGCCUCAAUGGAGCUCCCCUGCAUGUAAUCAGCAUCAAACCUUCCACAAUGUGGUUUGGGGAAAGGAGAAAGAAAACUAGUGUAAUAGUGAGGACUGGGGAGAGAACGUACAGAGCUUGUUUCUCUUUCCACUCUUCGUACAGCGAGAUCAAGGAUUUCCUGAGCUAUAUCUGUCCUGUGAACGUGUAUCCCAGUGUACUGCCAGUGGGUGGCACAGAGGACAAAGUUAUGGAAAUAUUAAAGCCAUUAUGCAGGUCAUACAGGAGAAUCAUGGAACCCAGGUACAAGCCCUUAGGAACACUGAAGAGAGCCCUCAAGAGAGAAUUAUCUGAUACAGAUGAAGAUGAUCUCUUUGAUUCAGAAUUAAUUUCUACAAAGCCCAAGAUUCCAAAAGAGCAGAGAGGAGAGAGCAAGCCCUCCAGCACAGGACAGUCUGAAAAUGCUGAAGGAAACAUUAAUGAGAGCACAGAAACUUACAAAGGGACCACAAACUACACCUCCCUCAAGGUAGACUUCGUGGACUGUGAGGAAUCAAAUGAUGAUGAUGAUGAAGAUGAUGAAGAAGAAUCUGAAAAAAAUACAGUUCAAUUUCUUUCCCAUGAGCCAGCUGCCACUUCCAAAGCCAAUUGCAAUGGAGUAACUAGUGACCAGCAGGAGUCUAAUGCCAAUGUCCCUUGCUGGGAUGAAUUUUUUACGGGUAAUAAACUAGAAGAAAGCUCUGAAAACGAGGACAACAUCCCAUCUUCAGCAGAUGCUGGUGGGUCCCAGUCACUCUUCAGUGAUUCAGAUGGAGUAAGUGACUCAACACACAUCUCCUCCCAAAAUUCUUCUCAGUCAACACACAUAUCAGAGCAGGGGAGCCAGGGCUGGGAUAGCCAAAUGGACACAGUGCUCAUCACCUCCCAGGAGAGAUAUGCCCUGGACCUCAGCAAAGGUGGGAGCAGAGCAGUGGUUCCUCUGCUGCAGGAGAGUCCCAGUGACACUCAGCUGGACAGCAGCAGGGAGAAGCCAACAAGUCAGAACAGACCUUGUGCCCACGAUGGUGCCUGUGACUUGAAAAGCAAUGGCUGUGAGAAAGCUGCAGAAGAUGGCACUGCCCACGUUCAGGAUGUCCUGGUGGAAAUAAGUGACAGCUCCAGGACUCCUGAUCUGGAGCUGAGGAGGGACUCGCAGAGCUCCUCUGACUUUGAAAUUCCCUUGACUCCUGACGCGGAAGCGCCUCAGCCAGAUAAACUGCAUCAUUUAUACAAGAAACUCGCAGCAGGUGAAAACAUAAUCAGUGAGAAAAAAGUCUCCUGAGAAUAGGUAUAAUGAUUAUUAUCAGUGGUAAUGCCCAGCAUGUCUAUUAAUACCUGAAUUUUUUUUCUCUUUCCUGUGGGUUACUGUCUGCAGCUAUGCUGAGUCAUGCUUUAUUCAGAAACAUCUUACUGUCAGAACUAGGAAGUUGCAGCCUGUGUACCUUUAUUAUUUCUUCGAUGAAAUACUGGAAAGGAAAUAUUCAGAAAGUAUUCCCAGGAGAGACAGUAAAAACCUUCUACCUCCCAAGGUUCAAUUCUCCAGCACUGUAAGUAGACAAAAAAUGGACCAGACAAAACUAAGGGUAGGACACUAAAUGAAAUUUAGUGUUUAUCAUGAGCUCUAAGAGUUUGCCUUUGUAAUGUGACCUCAGGUUUUAAUAAAAUAGCACACUGUUAACUGUAGGGAGGAACACCUAAGAAUGACCAUGCAAACAAGGCAGUUGGAAUUUGGCUUUAAUCACUAUUACUGUUGUUUAUCAUUAUUAAAACGAUUUAAUCAGUACUCACUGCAGUUAUUUUUAAAAAUAACUGCAGAACAGAUUAGAGAAUUACUGAGGUUGUAAGGGGGUUUUAAUUUGUUUUAAAUCAAACUGUUCAUUUCAAAAAGUCUCUCUUUACACUGAGCCUUAACUCCUGAGUUAGGUACUGCAGACUGCUUUACCUUCAACUCAUUGCAAACAACUUGUCAUCACUUCCUCUAUGUUCUGGUUUGUUCUGAAUUGCUCUUCAGAAAUACUUAAAAUCCUGUGGUCCCCAAGUUACCAGCCCUGUCCUGCUCUGGCAGGUAACAGCCAUAGAAGGUAACCUGUUAUACCAGACAGGCUCUUGUACUACAAAACUUCACCUCCUCUGUAGACUUGACUGUUUUAAAUCAAGAUAAUAUUUUCUCCAUGCAUGUGUGCCAUCAUAACUCUCUGCCAAAAUUCUUAUCUUCCAACAUGGAAAUGUAAUUCAGGUUUUUCCUAAACUGGAGUGCCUAAGAAAUACCCAAACAACAGAAGUCAUCUAAAACUUCCUGAGAUUUUCCAUCCAUGGUCUUUAAGUCCCAAUGAAUUAAACAUACUUUAGCACAUCAUCUCUCCCCUCUGAGUGUGCCUUCAGUUGUUGUGCCAUGUUUAGUGACGUGUGAAUGUUCAACCACUAUUCUGCCAAAGGGAACAGAGACAGGAGGGACAAAGCAUUGCCAUAAUCUAUAUUCAAGAUCCACGUAUUCCUCUACUGUUACCUUUUCUGCUGUUUGUGCGAUUUGUUAACCUCAUUUCCAAAUGUGAUCUACUAACUUUGGGUUUUUUUUAGCAAGCCUGAGUGAGUGGAACUGCUGUUGGAACUACCUCUGUUAAUAAAGUCAGACAAAACAGAA